CCUGGACAUUAUCAUGGUUUCUCAAUUCUCAGCGACCCUAUGAAAGAGACUGAUAAUGACAUACAUUUACAAAUGAAAGUUCAGCUCAUCAAAACAUAAUUACAUUUUAAAUUAGUUAAGUCCCUAAAUUUUCAUACACGCAAUGUCUAAACGUAAAAAGAGCGCAGCACUGAUUGAUUCAGAUAGCGACGAAAGUGGAAGUGGAGGCGAAGACUUGGACGAAGUAGGCCUAAUUAAUGUGUAUAAAUACAAAACGAAUACAAGAAGUAUUAGGCUUAGGCCAGUGUUUCCCAACACGGGAAGAGGGAGAAAUGAUGAGACUAUUUGGUGUGGGGGGGGGGGGGAUGACUUUUCCUUUAAUGCAAUAUUAGGCUAUAAAGAUAUAUUUUUUUCAAAUCUGGUCAUUCAUGAUUGUUUUUUAUUACUUUAAUUAAUACUUUUAUUUUUAUCCCUGCUUCAUUGAAUCUGAUUGAUAGUGUAGUCACAAAUAUAUCAUCCUUCAAACAUUGAAUCUCAAGGUCUAAACGCUUAGAAUAGCCAGCAUAAUUGUAAUUUAAUCUCACUGAACGAACUGCAACUGCAGCAUCAUGGACCUCUUUCUUUUAAAUGUAGGGGAAGGGGGAGAAGAAAGACACAUCUUACUUGAUUUAUGUGCUCAAAUCAAAAGGGUCGUGGGGCAAAAAGAAAAGGCUUGGAAACUGGAUUAGGCCUAAAUUUGAAUAAUAUGCAGUGACUGGGUGAGGCGAGUUGAGCACUAGAAAUAAUUUGCAAGGGUUAAAUUUGUUAUUUUAGCAAUGUGCAUGCCCGAUAGAUUCCACAGUAGCUGCUUCCACCCUUUUGCAGACAACACACCAUUGUCAUCAGGUUACAACUUAAUCUAAAAAAUAUAUAUAAUUAUUUAAUAAAUGAAAAUAAUUAUAGUUGCAGUAUGCAAGCAAAGCCUAAUAUUAUAUGAGACUACAGGAGGGAAGUAUGUAAUGUGUGAUCGCAAGUCUUCCAUCAUAUCUGAAAGACACUAAAAGUUGCUGUUGUCAAUUUUAAUAUUGGCCCUACUUAUUUUUUUUUUAUCAGUACUGGUAAAUAAAUAAGGUCAAAUUUGCAUAUUUUAAAAACAAGGUCAAAAUUUAUGUUCCAGGCCCUCUUAUUAUUCUAUCAAUGAAAUUAUGUCUGAGAGAAAUAUCAAUGAGUUAGUUUUAAUAUUCAAUCAACCUAUUAUAAAUUAUUUUAGGCUCACAGGAUGCCAUUAUUUUACUGAAGAAAAUGCAAAUUUUUAUAUAUUUUAAAACAUGAGCAUCAUAUAUCAAGGGUCACAAAAUGAGAUGGGAAAGUCUUUAAGUAGACGGUAAUGGACAAACAAACUUUAUUUUUUAAAAAGUCAAAGCUCAAAAACUACUUCAUGUUAAGCUACUUGAUUUUGGUUUCAUUUUUCUAAUUUUAAGUCUACUCUAAACCAUUAUUUCUCAAAGUGAUGGUCCACGGACUCGCGGUGGUCCAAGAGCCUUACGUUGCUGGUACGCACAACAUGAGACAAUAAAUUGGAAAGUUAACAGUCCUAACAAAAUUAAUAAUAACGAGAAGCAUUACAAGUUAAUAUUAUUAGAGUCCUCUCACAUUAGUUGAUCAUCGAUGAAGAAAUAGCUCAUGAUAUAUCUAAUGCAAAGAAAACAAUGUAUUUAUAAAUCUGGCACCAGUACCUGGUGCAGUGCAAAACUUAUCUACUUAAAAGUUUGGGAAACACUGCUCUAUACAACUGUAUAAGUUUUGGGAAUAUUUUUCACGAAGCAGCUUUUCUAAAACUGUGUUCAUCCCGAUUUAGGAUUAGGCCAAUAUUAGGAAGGAAACGUUGCGCUCUACCCAUCACAUAUUAUUAUUAUUAAAUAAGACAAACUCUUUUCUGUUUUUUUCUUACUUUCUAAACCCCAGUUCUAGCUUAAUUUUGGCUGAUUGCAAGCUAUAUAUAAAUUGCUUCUUUGGCAAUUAGAGAAUAACAGGCUAAUAAUCUUUGAGCUGUUUCUAAUAUAAAUAUAUUUUAUGACAAUUUAAAUGUCUUUUCUUAACUUUUAUUUAAUUAUGCCAAACAUCUCUCAAUUAUAAUUAAGUAGGCCCAUAUCUAUUUUUUGGUAAAUGUUAUAAUUCAAAUCACACCUUUCUUCCCCUUCAAAUUUGUAUGUUUUCACUUGAUAUUAAUGUGUUUUUCAUGUUUGCUAAAAUUAACUCUCAAUCUUCCAGGGUCUGAGAGCCCUUGUUAAAAGGAGAAGGGCAAGUUCAGAAUCACAUUCGGAUGCGAAAGGAAAGCCUAGUGCACCCCAAAAUGACUCAGACUCGGAGACAUCCAACAGUGAUGAUGAUGUGAGUUUUUUAAAACUUAUUUAUAAAAUUUAACUCAAGAAUAUUAACUUUUAAAUUUCUAGGUAAGGGCAUUAUUUUGUGGAAUUUAACGGCAUCUUUUAUCACUUGUCUAAUCCUGCCAAUAGUGGACAGUCAAUGGCAGAGGUGGGGCCAAAAAGAAGAAGACAAAGAAAAAACCCACCAAAAAGCUAACAGCUAUUUCUUCUUCUGAUAGUGGGGGAGAAGAGGAAACAAAGAAAUCUGAAUCAGAGCCAGAGGAAGGUAAAUGAAUAUCUUAUCUUUGAACUCAGGUGAUCUAAUUUCAUGAGAGAAAUGGUAUUUUAUCAUUGAUUAGUUUAAAAUGUUCUUACUGACUUUGGCACCUUGAAUAUUCAAACUUUUCAAUACUACUAGUUUAUACAACUGUCAACAAUAUUUAUUGUUUUUGCUUUUUUUUAAAAAUCGGACAAAAACUAAAAAUGGUAAUAAGGGGUGAGAGGUUAGCAAACAUGAAAUAAUUUAACAAAGUAUGGGAAAACCUGGAAAAAAAGAAUGCAACAAAACAUCAAAUGCGUUGGCAAGUAGCCUUUAUCUGCAAACAAACAACAGUAAAAACAGAAUUAAUUGAAGUUAAUUAAUUAAUUGAACUUUGUUUCAUUCAUUUCUUUAAAAAUUUAAAACAAGCAACCUUUAAUUUGAUUAAAUUCAAAUAGCACUUUUAAAAAAAGUAUUGUGGUUUUUAAUGAAGUCACCAACAUAAUUUGGCAUGAUUUUUUUUUGUUAUAUAUAUAUAUUAUAUUUGACAAUUAUGAGAACUUAAUUUCUUUCUAUGUUAUGUUAAGGUGAGGUUUCUGACUCGGGCAGUGAUGAAUCGGAUUCAGAUGAAGAUAAAUUUCAUGAUGGGUAUGAUGAAAAUUUAAUCGGCGAUGACGAGGACAAGAAACGACUGGAAGCAAUGACUGAGAAAGAGAGAGAGCAGGAGCUUUUCAACCGUAUGGAGCGGCGUGCAGCCCUUAAGAAGAGGUAAUAUCAAGCAAGUGAUGCGUGACCUGUCAGAAAAUAUUAGUUAAGAUUGUUAUGGGAAAAAAAUGUAUUAUUUGUUUCAUAACAAUUUUCGAGCUUGGACAUUCUUUUAGACGAUGCCAUUAGCUCCAUUUGAACAUGUUAUUGUUAGACAGUUAUAUUUUUUUGAAAAAUCCAUCUCUUUUCAUUUUCUUCAGAUUUGAAAUCCAAAAGAAAUUGAAAAAAGCCAAAAAGGAACAGGAAAAAUCUAAACCAGUGACAGAUCAAAUGCUACCCACAGUCAGUGAAAGAAGUAAAGAGCGUCGGAAACAUAUUGAGCAGCGUAAAGAUAACAAAAAGACCUCUGCCUUUUUGGACCUGAAAGCUAAAAGAGAAGAGCAAAAAAAGAAAGGUAUGUUAACAAAAUCGUCAUUAGAUGUUAACGGAAAUUUUUUCUAUGUAGUCUUUGACACAGUUUUGGUUUACAAAUGUGGCACUGUUACCACUUGGGUUCACUAGACAAAAAUGUUGCUUUCCACUCAAGACAUUGUAUUUUACUGAUAACUAUUUAAAAAAAAUAAAUGUAACUAAAAAAUAGAGACUAAAAAAGCAAAAUUUGCAAAUGUCUAAAAAUAUCCCACAAAACAAAUGUUAACGUGUUGUAUAGUUAUGUUGAUACCAACAAUUGUUUGGGCUAAAAAUGCAUAGGCUUAUCCAUCCAUAGCAUCUUUUUAAACUUCUUAGUUAUCUCAAAUUUUGUUAACAGUGUCAUUGCUUUUGAAAAAAAAACAUGAAAGAAAUACAAGUUUUCUUCAGGGUUAUAUUUUACUAUUGAUUAUUAAUUUAAAGAAAUCAUAUUGAAUUUUAUAUUUAAGCAUUCAAUUCUAAUGCUUUGCUUUCUUAUGAGAAAUAUAUUUCAAUAAUGGGCCCUUUGUUAAUCCACAGCUGAGCAAAUUCAGGCACAGAAAAAAAUGAAGCCCAGUGACAUUUACAGUGACGACGAUGAUGAUGAUAACAGCAGUGAUGAAGAUAAGAGUGAAAAGGAGGAGCGCAAAAAAGAAACCAAAGAACGUGAGAGAGAACGUGACAGGGAAAGGGAGAGAGAAAGAGAUAGAGACAGAGAACGAGAUAGGGACAGGGAUAGGGACCGAGAUAGGGACCGAGAUAGAGAUAGAGAUGAUGCUGGAGAUUCAAGCUCAGAUGCAAGUGACAGAUCAUCUUCCAGAUCAGAGUCAGAGGAAGAGUAAGAAAUGUUUAAAUGUUUCCGUUUUGUAGAGUAUUUUCUCUUACAUUACAUUAGUUUUCAAUUUUUACAAUUUCAUACUCAAGAUUGUUAAUAAUGCUUCAACCAUUUGUCUUUAACGACAAGAACUAGUUUUUAAAAAAAUCCUUGUAUGUGUUAAAGAUUUUAAUUUGAAAAUUGUUAUAUUUUGUGUACAAUUAAUAAAUGUAAACAUUUUUUUUUUCAGAGUCAGUCGUCCAAAGCAUAGGAAAAUUAAAUAUAUAACGACCAAAGAAGAACUUAGUAGAAUACGGUUAUCUAGAAAUAAAGUAGAAAGGUUUGUAUACCGUUAUAAUAAUUUAUCCUUAACGCACCGGAACAACAGCAUACUUAUUUGAUUUUAUUCUGGUUUUGUGCAAUGUUUUGUGCUCUACCCAGCCUUACACCGAGAUGCCAAAUCAAGCUUAAUUAAGCAAUCAAUUUUUGGUUUGGUUAUUUACUGUACUGUAUCCCCCAGGAGAGGGAGAACUGAUUUUAACAUAUGGUUGUCACAUAUCCGGUAUCCGUGUUUGGUAGUUCUCUUUCAUCAGAUUCUUUUAUAUGUUCAUGCUUCAUAAUAACACCGAAUAUACAUACACUAAACACACAUCCUUCUACAUCGGCAGUGUAACUUAAAUCUAGAAAUAUAUCAAUCAGGCUCUGCAUUUAAUCAAACACAUGUAGCACAGCUCGCUAUAAGUAAGACUAAAAGUUUUUCUCAAAGACUGCUAAUGAGUAUGCACUAAGCCAAAGACAAUUUAGACAAUAUUUAUAAUUACAAUAAAUCAUAUACUCACCAUCUUUAAGGGGGGAAAAGCAUUCAUUAACUACUUACUCUAACAACACACUGCCUACAAUUAAACACAAUAUCCAGCGCGCAUCAAUUACUAGUGAAGUCCCAUAUAUAUAAGAAUGAGCUAGGCUGACCGUAACGCCAAAGAACUGAAAAGAUUUUAAAACAUUCAGAUUCUUAAAAACGAUCAUAGUUAUUUUCUAUUAUUUUACGGAAAACGUAUAAAUUUAAAUGCACAAAAAAUAAUCAUAGACAGCGACGAGGCCAUGACAGGCAAUUCAGGCUCAUACCAGCAAGAAGCCAGUAUAGGAGCUGCUCAUUCCUGCCCAAGACAAUCAGGGACUGGAACAAUCUUUCAAAAGGAACGGUUGAGGCGACAACACUAGACACAUUUGUGUCUAUUGCCUCAAGCCUUCAAACCCCUAGUGCAUAAUUUCCUCAUCACCACCAGUAACAGAAACAUUGCAAAUCCCAUCUACAUGCAUAGGAGCCAAAAUGAUCAAUAAAUUGAUCGUGGGCUCUUAAGAUAUAGAAGAAGAAGAAGAAUAUUAUAUAUCCACUUUUAUUUAAGUAAAAGUUAAGGAAUUAUUGUUACAAAUUACAAGUUCAUUUAAAGUAACAACUAAGGAACUAUCUUAAGCAUUUCAUAUGAGUUUGAAAGUUAUGAAAAAAAAAAAUUAAAACCAAAAUAUAUGAUCAAAGAAUUACACCGUAAUCAAAUUUAUCGGGAAAACUCAAACAUCAGUUGUUUUUGGUGCGUUUUUAGUGCAUUGCUAAUAUUGCUAAAUAAAAUUAAAAUUAAUUUGUUCUAAAUAAACACACAAAUGUUAGCCAAAAGUUUCUUUGAUUUAAUAACAGUGCAUUACAAAACUGAUAAUGUAUUUUCCCCUUCUUAAAAGUAAAAUUAAUAAACAUGAUUGAUUGCUUUUUAAAUUGUUAAUAAAACACACACAAAUUUUAGCUUUGUAUUUUUAACAUUUAAUAAGUUUUUACAAUUCCAAAAAUAUGCUUUUAUUAAAUUUAUAACGUAAUAAAAACUUAAUCUUUAAAUAUACUUUUAAUUAAAAAAUUGGCGUUUAAGUCAAUCAGUGCAGCGAAACUCAAUAGCCAAAAAGCAUUCACUAACCUACUUAUAACUCAUCCAAAUAAGAACAAACCAUAUGAAGUGCAAAACAUGUUAGUUUGGGUAUGGAAGGGACUACAAUCCGGUGGAAGAUUUUAUUAAUUUUAUUUAAAUCAGGGUGGGGUAGGAAAUAAGAUGUGUACAUUUUUACGUGGAUGGCAAUAUAUUUAAAUUAAAUUAAAACCUAUAGUUUGUGAAAAAAGAGAUGUUACAUUCUCUUUUCAUAUGUUUACCAAUUAAGAAACCCAAUGGUGUUGACAAAACACAGGAACUUCUACAUAAGUGUACCCAUGGAUAUUAAUCCCCAUCAUUUUACACACAUGAAAAUUUAAUUUUGAAAAAUAGAGAUGGGUUAAAAUUUUCUUUUAUAAAAUUAGCGAAAAGUAAAGUGGGUGUUUAUUGUUAUGAGAUGAACAAUUUUUUUAAAAAAGACACUAAAAUCUGUUAUAGAUGUGAAAAACGGUUGCGAGAUUCUUCUUUGUUUUACGAUUUUCUGAUAAUGUAUAAUUUUAAAAAACAAGGCAAAAGUGUUUUUAUAUUUUUUUUGGAGAUACCAAUGUAUCGAAUUCCUUUAAUAUAAAAUAUAUUUAUAUCAUAUAUAGAGUUUUUGUUGUAAAUUUAAGAUUAUGUUUUUAAACAAUUUUUAGAGAAAAAAAAGUUGUAGUUCAAGGGCACGAAAAGGGGUAAAUCUAAAGUAUUUCUCUAGCGUAUAAAUCGCCUCUUAAAUAAUUUCGUUUGUGACAAAAUUGAUAUAAUUGGUGAUAAUUUAGAUUGGGUAAUUUAAGGUCAUGUUUAGAGGGAAAAACAUAGUUUAAGGGUGUGAAAGGUAGUAGGGUAGGCGAAUAAUAUAUAGCCGAUAAAUACUUCUCAAAACGUAAUGAUAUUAGAAAUGUAAAUAUCAUUACAUAGAUACUUCUUUUUAAAGUUAGGAAUUGUGAUUUUUUGCAAUAGCAGGUAGAAAUUAUUGCAAAGGACCUACCAUUAUCCCGAUAACAUCGGGUCCUGUAUUCUAGUACUCUUUAAGAGUGGUGUUCCUGGGAUUUAAAUCCAACACCAUAAUUAUUCUUGGCCUUGGUCAUACAAACUAUAAUAAUCAAAUAAAGUUAAGAUAAACUAAUUUUAAGAUUAGAGAAUUAGAGACUAGAGAAUUAGUUAAAAUAUAUUUUAUUUAUUUAAAAAAAAAAAACACAUUUAUUUUCACUUUAUUUAUAUAAUAUAGUACCCAUUUUUGUUUUUUGAAAUUAUAGAUGGUGUCACAUGCCCUACUUUAAAAAGGUUGUCACUGGUUGCUUUGUUCGAAUUGGAAUUGGAAACCACGAAGGCAGACCAGUUUACAGGGUGGGUAAUAAAAAAUCUGACCUUCCUAACUGAACUUAAAUAAAGAAAAUUGACGACACAUUUUAUCAUGAUCUUCAAGAACUUGUCACAAAGUCGCAGAUUUGCCUCAACUUAAGGAUAAAAUGAAAGAAGUCAUGGCAGUAUUUAAAAAAAUCCCAACUCUAUUCAUUCACAAAGGGUUUAAUUAUGUAUCUCAUAUGUAUAUGUUCUCUGCAGGUGGCAGAAAUUGUUGAUGUUGUUGAGACUGCCAAAGUUUAUCAGCUAGGUACAACAAGAACAAAUAAAGGAUUAAAGUUAAAGUGAGUACUUCAAUUCAGUUAGUUUGUUUUUCUUAAUUAAAAUGUUUGUUGUUACUUCGUAAAGCGCUUUAGAUAUAAAGAUGUUUGCAAAUUAUGAUACAUUUGAUGUCUAUGUAAAAAUAACAAUGGAAUAAAUGUAUUUCAAUGACAGGUUACGGAAAAAAGAGACAACUACUCAAUCCCUUCAAAUGGCUCAGUCUAAAAUGUUUAUUUUUACACACCCAUUUUAUGAAUGAACAUAACUUGACAUAAUAACAGUUCUGAAAUGCAGUGCUGAAGUAGUUGUUCUGAAAUGCAGUGCUGUAGUAGCUGUUCUGAAGUGCAGUGCUGCAGUAGUUGUUCUGAAAUGCAGUGCUGUAGUAGUUGUUCUGAAAUGCAGUGCUGUAGUAGUUGUUCUGAAAUGCAGUGCUGUAGUAGUUGUUCUGAAAUGCAGUGCUGUAGUAGUUGUUCUGAAAUGCAGUGCUGUAGUAGUUGUUCUUAAAUGCAGUGCUGUAGAAGUUGUUCUGAAAUGCAGUGCUGUAGUUGUUCUGAAAUGCAGUGCUGUAGCAAUUGUUUAAAAUGUUUAUUUAAUUUUGCAGACAUGGGGGAGCUGAGCGAGUUUAUCGGCUAGAAUUUGUGUCCAACCAAGAUUUCUCAGACAGUGAGUUUAACAAAUGGAAGGAAGCUAUGGAACUAGGGCACCAUCAGUUACCUACCUUAGACGACAUAUCAAGAAAGGAAGAUGACAUCAAACAGGCCUUUGAAUACAAGAUCAAAGAUAAAGACAUUGAAGAGGUUAGAAGAUGCUGUGGGUGUAUUGUAUACACAGUAUAAAUAUUUAACAUUAAAAAACUAAAACAAAUCUUGUUUUCUUGUACUUAUUUUGUGAUUUCUGUAUGAGGAUAUGAAUAAAAAAUAAAAAUUGUAACAAAGCGAUAUUUAUUUAGCAGACUGAAAAUUUUUUAAAAUUUCAUUUAAUUUAUGUCAUAAGUAAAAAAAAAACAUUUAAAAAACAAUACAAAAUGGUUUUAUACAUUUUAGUUAAAAGAAAAAGUCAGUCUUGAAAAAUUCCAUUUUUGUUCAAAACGCUUAUAAUUUUUAAUUUUUUAUAACAGAUUGUUGCAGAAAAACAGAAAUUCAGAAAAAAUCCUCACAACUAUGCAGUGAGGAAAUCAUCAUUAAUGAAAUCAAAGGUAAACUUUAUAUACAGUAUUGCAGUAUUGCAUUGCAUGUGCUUCGCAAGUUUGUAGCCAUAGGAAUGUGCAAGAUAUAUACAAAUAUAUAUUUAAGCACUUACUAUUGUACAUGCUCCCAAAUUAGUUGUGUUAUCCUAAAAAAAAUCGGAAUAGAUCCGAGGACGGCCUAUCUAAUAAUCCAGUCCGGCCUAGCACGCAACUAUUUUUUUUAUUUUUGCAUCGCACCUAAAUGAAUUUUCGGUGUUUUGUUCACCUUCAUUACCGCUGCUUGCAACUCAAGGUGUGGUCCGUAUUUAUUAUUAGAACUGAUGUCAGGCACUUGUAUGAAACAGAAGCACCUGACUGGGGAGGGCUGCUGAAUGUUGUGUUGUAAACAAGUUCACUCUCUGGUCUCAGUUUCAUUCACCUCUCACCGGGGUCAAGCCAUAUGCUAUGCACAUGUGUGUGUACCGUGAUGUACUUAGCAAUGCCAAGAAUGUAAAGUAGCAGUGCCAGCAAUUAUCCAAGUAGAACACUCCACAAUUUUAUUUAAUGUUCAUAUUACUUACAUAGAGUUCCCAUACAGUAACCACAAUUACUGUGCCUGAAGAUACUAUGCAAUGACACCAUCAGCACUUCCAAGUGGUCGAAUAGCAAUGGGCAUUUCAAUGCCAAUCUCAGGCCCAUGUACAGAAACUACUCUGUGAAUCCAGGGAAGAGUGAGGCUGCUCACUUGCAGUCACAGUAAGAUCAACAGUGGGGCCUCUUCAAGCAGCAGGCCUCCAAAGUUUUUGAGGCUGCUGAGCAUCGCACUCAUGCCUACUAUAGAAUGUCCUUUUUGAUUGCGAAGAAAUGCAUCCCUUCACUGAUGCAGACUUUGUAAUGGAUUCUUUACUUCCUGCUGUUUACGUAAUUUGUCCAGUGCAACACGACGCCUCAAAAGCACUGCUGCUGUCUGCCUGCACUGUAACUCGAGGGAUGGAGGACUUGGCCUCUGAUGGCCAGCCUUCAAUGUUCAAGAAGUUCAAAACUCUAGAAUUCUCCAUAGGCCAGAGCUGUGAUACAAGGACACUGUCCGGCUGACCAGCUUUGUGUAUGGGGUGGUCGUGGAGUUUCCAGCCUCAUCCUGAUGAAGGGAAUGACAGUUGGUCAAGAUGUCCUCAAUGCCCUCCUACUUUCUUUGAGUGAUUUCAACUCAUCAAAGCUCGUCUUGGUAACUACUGACGGUGCACCUGUCAGAGUUGUAUCUACCAAGGGACUUCUGCUGCUGCUUAUCAACCACUGCCGCUCUUUGUGUUGCACUGCCGCUCUUUGGGUGCAUUGGCGCUCUUUGGGUUGCACUGUAUCGUCCACCAGGAGUCAUUGUAGCCAAGACAGCUGGCAUGAAGGACAUUAUGCAUGUUGUGGUAAAGUUAGUGAACGCAGUGCUUCCUUGUCCUCUCAACCACUGCAUCUUCAAGCACAUGUGCAAAGCUGCUGAGGCUGAUAAUAGUGAUCUGCUUUCACUCUCAGCUCUUACCAAAGUUAACCUGAGGCUGCAAGGAGCGUGCUCAUGAAGAACAUGGAAGCAAAGCUGAUUCUAUGGGAGAAACAGUUUUAUAAGGGUGACCGGGUUCAUUUCCCGCACCUCGCCCUCAUUUACACUGAAGAAUGCAUCGGAAUGAAUUCUCCUCAUGCUUCACUGAUGUGCAUUCGCAUUCACAAGAGUUCAGCACUUCUUUUGACUUUCCCUACGAUGACACUUCCCUCUUAAGUGCAACUGGAGUUGAUCAAGCUGCAGGCUUUGGACACUCUCUUGUCCAAGUUUAUUUCUUGUACCACUGUCAUUGAUCUCUAUGGUCAUCUACCACGUGCUCAGUUUCCAAUGUUGCUAACGAUACCAAGUGUGUGAUCCCAAUGUUUGAGAGCAGUUAUUCUUGCCAGCAGCGCUUUUCGAAGAUGAAAUUUUGAAAGAACAAAACUGCACUCUCAGUUGAUGAUCACCCUAAUGACAUUCUGUUGCUAAACUCAUCAUUAGAACCUGAUAUUGUAUCUGAAUCUGUCUCUUAAGAACAUGCAACAUCGUGUUUCCCAUUUAUCAUAUCAUAUUUUUUACUAAAACAACCUUUCCUUGGGCACCUUGUUUCUUCUUAUGGCAUAUGUGCCUUCUUGACCCCCUGAAAUAGCUUGAUAGUCAUAAAAGUUUUCAGACCUCUGGAAUAGAUUAAUAAUGUUAUUGAUAGUGGAUCAUAUAAAUUUGAAUGUAAUCAUUCCGUGUCUUUACACAGGAACAAGCUGAUUUGGAUGGCAACCAAGAACAGUCAACAAAACUAGCCCAGGAGCUGGAAGACUUAGAGGAAAGAGCGCAAGAACUUGAUAGACGUCGAACAUCAAAUAUCAACUCAAUAAGGUGAAAUACUCCUUUGCAGCUUCAUGUUAUCCUUGAGACAAAAAACAUAAAAAACUUAAGUAAGGCAUUAACCCUUUCAUUACCGCUGGUUUUUGGGCAUAGAUUUUUGCUGACUCUGUGAUAAAAAAACUUAAAAGAAGAAACUUUCAGUAUUUUUUAUUCACUAUCUGAUUUGCUUAUUAACUUCUCUAUAGAUGAACAAAUUAAGAAAUAUAUAGCUUUGAAAUAUGACGUCGACGUGACGUCCUUGGUAUUUCAGAAAAGUUCUUUGGCUCUUUGUUAUGACAACAUGUGACGUCUUUGGUAAUUGAAAGUGGGUGAUCGCGACGUCGCGUCGACGUCAUCGGUAACGAAAGGGUUAAACAGUUACGUCAGCUGAACUCUUAUUAACCAGUGCUGUAUUAAUUUAUUCUUAAAACUUUUUGAAAUAUCACGUUCAGUUCAGAAUCUUCAUGAAAAGAUAUUUUGUGAAAUAACUUACCAAUAUUACAUUAUUUUUAAAACUAUGUCCAAAAUUUUCUUUCUAUAAGUUAUAUCAACCAGAGGAACAGAGAUCGUAACUUGGUUGAAGCUGAGAAUGCCCUCAAGGCUGAAGUGGCUGAAAUGAGGAAUGCCACAGCAGAUCCCUUUACACGUCGACACUGCAGACCAACUCUAGUUACCAGGGUAAUAAAAUGUUUUUAAAUCUCACAUUUGCAGAAAAAUACUCUUAUACAUCCGUUUUUUUUAAAAAUUGAAUUGACUCUUUGUUGAUUUAAAUGUUUGUCUUUCUUGAUGUGGAAAGUUUUGACACAUUUUCUUAUACAUAAUCAAAGUGAGGAUUUAAUGUUACAAAGUUAAUGUCUAUACAUUUUGGAUGGCUGCCAAUUCCAAAGUUUACAACUUUCAACAAGUCCUCUCAAAACUUUAUUCCAGACACAUGAUGUGAAGACGGGCAAAAAACCAGAGGAAUCUUCUAAGGUGGGUUUAAAUGUGCAAUAUCUCUUUACCAUUUGAUGGCUUUCUUUCAAAACUACUCAGCUAGCAUCUAUUUAAAGUGAAUUUUUUACAAUUCUUAUUAAGUAGAUAAUUAAUAUAUUUUUUCAGUUUUGUUUUAUUAAAAUUGGAAUGACAUUACAAUAGCAGACUUAAUAUUUCUGGUGCAAAAUCCAUAUAUGGUGGUCUGCACAUAUGUCUUGUCUUCAUUUUCAAUAUAAUGUUCUUGUUUUCUUUGUUUAGUCUUAUUUAAAUCUCAAGCAUCACCAUACUAAAAAAAAAAAUUUUAAACCAGAAAGUCUGUGUUUUUUAAAAUCUGCUUAUGAGGCUUAAUUGUAGUCCAAUCCUCUCAAUAUUACUUGAUAAACCCAUGUCACCAAUUCCACUCUAUAGAUUUUAAUACAGUACUUUCUUGUAAUAAUCUUUGACAGACACCUACGUCCAUGCCACCCCCAGACUCUGCCAGUCUUGCCAUGUUACCAUUGUCCAAGUCACAACCCUUAGACAGCCAUAUGGUAAGGUGAAUUUAGUUAGCGACCACUUGUAUAUUACACUUGUGUCGGUACUUACAUAUGUUCAAAAACAUUUGAGAAUAAAGCUGACAGUUUGUGAACUAUCUUUGCAAAAUUAGACUGUUAGUUUGUUAAAAUCAAUUAAUCACAUUUUUUUUUGAUAAGCAGAAUUUCAAACACACAUGGUUCAUAACUUAUUUCAUUAUACUACAGUACAAUAUAUUCAUAAAAAUAAUUUGGACUGGCUUCUUUCUCCACAGGGUGGAGACAGGACCGAUGGACCAGAGAGAAGGUUGUCGGAUGAUCUUUUUGCAGUUCAUGAUUUUGAUAUUAAAAUUGACUUAGAUGUACCAUCUGGAGGUAAUGACAUGCCCUUUUUUAAAGCUUAUGUAUUCCAAGAUUUUGAGUUUUAAGGAACAAAAAAAAAAAAAAUUUCAUUAGAUUAGAAUCUUAUUUUUUUAACUCAUUCCCUCCGGCAGCGCUGCUUCCGGACUUAAUUUAUUUUCCUGAGAAAAGGGAAGCAACUCAGUUUUGAAAUUGAUUUAUAUUUUUAAAAUAUUUUUUUAAGUUGCUAAAUAUUAUUUAAUGUUAAUGAAUUAAGAACAAAUGCAACAAAAAAUGAAUAAGGUUUAAUAUAAAUAUAACAUUAGAAUAGACGCGCCGUACUAAAGCACACGUAGUUUUAAAGUGAAACAAGAUAAAAACUUCCGGUUUCUAAAUUAAAAUCACGCAGAAAUCACGCCAUAGCCGGAAGUCUCGAGGGGUGCGAGAUUUCAUUGCUAUUUUUAACUAAAAAUAAGAGAGGUGUGUCGCUAUGCGCCGGGACGCAUUUGGACGCAUCAGGAGGGACCCCCCGAGGACGCAUUUAGUCGCAACCGUCGGGAAUGAGUUAAACUUGUGUAAUUAAAACUUUUAAAUUAGAAAAAUGAUUGGACAUACAUAAUUUGAUAUCGUUUUAUUUUUGCAUAACUUAAAACUUUUAAAUUUUCUCACAGGACAAGUUGUUGUCCCAACUGCACCACUUCAUACCCCUAGAGACACAGUACCCAGAAGAUCUCUUAACUUAGAAGAUUACAAGAAACGCAGGGGGCUAAUGUAAUCUGUUUACUUUAUAGUGCAGGGGGGUGGGGGAAGGCAAGAGAAUCUCUAAUGACUACUAGGCUUGUCCUUAUUACAUGUGGGUCUCAAAAGGUCUUUAAAAAAAAAGACAUUGAAAAUAAGGCCUUAAAUUACUUAACGAAGAGUUUUCAGAGAGAUGUCUGGUAUUUCUUAUUGCCGUUUAUAUUAAAAGAAUUACUGAACAGCAUUGGAGCAAAUUAAAAUAAAAAAUAACUUGCCUCUUCAUUUACUCAUAUUUUCAGGAAUGUCAAAUUUAAAAAAAAAAUAUUCAGUGAUUUUCUUUGGUGUGUUUUGAGUGUUGCUGAGGCAUAUUUUACUCAAAAUUAUGGUUUGCAUUAGAAGGAUACGCUUAAUUUAAAAAUGAUCCUGAAUGCAGCACCCACAGAGGGAGACCAAUUUUGAGCCUCUGAGAACUGAUUAGAUUGAAUUUUCAAUCAAACUUUUUUAAAAAUUAGGUGACCAUGGAAGUAAUUUUUUUUUUUUUUACUAUAAAAGGCUUAUUAUUAUUAGGCCUCUAUAGGUUGUCUUGAAAACAUAAAUAGUAUGUUUGAAAGCCACCAAUUUUUCAGCAAUUGUAUAAAGAUAAUUUACACCAUUCGAUCGGUAUCUUAUAUAAAGAAAAACUGUGAUUGCAAUAACAUUAGGCUGCAAAUAUCAGUAUUGAUUGAUAGAUACAUUGAGUACCAAGAAUGAGUGAGUUGAUGUAUCAAAGUCUGGUGUGGAACAGUGCUUCUCAUUCUUUUGUAAUAAGCCCCCUUAAUAAAGAAGGGUAAUUUGUUGUACUGUAAUAAAUGAAUGAUGCUGCACGCCAAGCUAUUUUUUUAUUAAGCUCAUUCUUGCAUACUAUUUAUAGACCAACCCAUCUUAUUUUGAGAAGCACUGAUGUAUGUAGAAAAUCAAAUUUUUUAAAUGUGACAUCUGUCUAAAAUGUAGAUAUAAAUAUAAUAAAUGUUUGAAAAUAUAUUCCAUUUGUUGCUUUUUUUAAAUCAUAAUUUCCGUAUCCGGAAAUUUAAACGAAAGAAAUUUCGUAGACAGUAACUUGAUCGACGGAAUUUGAUCGAACGUAAAUUUGGUCAUUCACAUUUCAGGUUAGAAAUGGGCAGCUUUGGAAUCA